AUGUCAGCGAAGCGAAAGCCAGACGGAACGAAGAAGGCGGUGAAAAAGCGGAAAAACUCGGAAUCGAACUACGAUUCCGAUCUGAGCGAUGAGUAUCCGCGCGUCGGUGGCGGCGGCGGCGGCGGCGUCGGUGAACCUUCGGCCCGCGAGGUGCUGGUGGAAGAGUUGCGCCCGAUGGAGAAGCUGCCAGAGGAGUUGCUCGGUGCGUACGACAAGGGCCCCGGCAAGUUGCUCAUCGCCGGCAUGGUGUCCUGGGAUAUGACCGGCAAGCGGGACUCGAAGGGCGUCUCGAAGAUACGGCCCAAUCUUUUCUCCUUUCAUCGGUUCACCGGCGAAACGUUCCGUUCCGCUGCGAGUUUUUGCGCUGCCGCCCAUUCAGUAUUGAUCGACUCCAAUUGGAAGGCCUGGACCUUCGGACGUAACCAGAUGAGCCAGCUGGGCCACAAUGACACGACGACGUACGAAAAGCCGACUCAGGUCGCGGAUCUGGCCGACUUCAACGUGAUUCAAGCGGCCUGCGGUCGGAACCAUACGCUCUUCCUCACCGACACCGGUACCGUGUACGCGUGCGGAGACAACAAGAGCGGCCAGUGCGGGGUCGCCAAUAAGAACCCCACGAUCCCGUCGCCGACGCGGAUCAGCUACAGCGGACCGCCGAUCAUCAAGGUCGGAUGUGGUGCCGAAUUUUCCGUCAUCCUCGAUAUCAAGGGCAGCCUGCACACGUUCGGGUUGCCGGAGUACGGCCAGCUGGGCCACAAUACCGACGGCCGGUACUUUGUCAACUCGACCAAAAUGUCGUUCCACUUCGAGCUUCAGCCGCGCAAAGUGCUGGUGUACAUGGAGAAGAACAAGGAGGGACACGUGCUGCCGAUUGAGAACGUUAACAUUAUCGACUUUGCCUGCGGCAACAAUCACACGGUGGCGAUCGAUUCGAAAAAUCGUGCGUACAGUUGGGGCUUCGGAGGAAUUGGCCGGCUGGGGCACGCAGAACAGAAGGACGAGAUGGUACCAAGACUGAUUAAAUUCUUCGACUCACAAAACCGUAAGGUAAUGCGUGUGUUUUGCGGCUCGUCGUACAGCUUAGCCAUCACCGACAUCGGCUCGCUGUAUCUGUUCGGGCAGAACAAGAAAACGGGCGAAGCGAACAUGUACCCGAAGCCAGUGCAGGAUCUGGCCGGCUGGAACAUUACGAGCGUAGGCACCGGGUACACUUCGAUCGUCAUAUCGGCCGACGACUCGCUGAUCGCCUGGGGCGCCUCGCCGACCUACGGUGAGCUGGGGCUUGGUGAUCUGCAGAAGUCGUCCUCGACACCGAAGGAAGUGACACGGAUGGAGGGCAUGAAGAUCCCGCUGGUGGCGCUCGGUUACUCGCACACGCUGUUGCUGGUCAACACGGAGCACGAGAAAACGAAGGAAAAGUACGACAACUUGCCCGAGUUCGUGGUCUAACUUUGCGCGCCAGGCAGCGGGGCGCCGUCCCCGACCGCACUCCUAUCUCUCCACUCAAUCAUUCACAAACACUCCAUUCUCGGAUAUGCGGCACGGAACAGCCGUCGAGCGCGCGCGGGUACACAGUGACAUUAUUUUAUUAGAUUUAA